AUGGCUAUCAUUAUCAUACUUCUCAUCUUUCUCGCCAAGGUUGACGCUAACUUGAGCAAUGGAAUGAGCCUUAACUCCCAUGCCGCUUGUCCUGAAAAUGGAAAACAGGCACUUUUGAACUUCAAAAAAGGCUUCAUAGAUGAAGCAAAUCGGAUUGCUUCAUGGGAUCCUCAUCAUCAUCCAGAUUGUUGCAGGUGGUUUGGAGUAGUCUGUGACAAUAUGACUGGCCACAUCCUCUCCCUCAACCUUUCAGUUCCUCCUUUGGAUGAAGAUAACUUGAUAUCUCGUCUGACGUCAAAACUCGAAGGUAAGAUAAACCCUUGUUUGUCGAAUUUGAAGCAUUUAAGAUUUUUGGAUUUAAGCGGCAAUCAAUUCGAAGGCCUCCUGCCUUACCAGCUUGGGAAUCUCUCAAACCUUCAAUAUCUCAAUCUUGGAGAUAAUGGUUUAUAUGUUCAGAGUCUCCAAUGGUUGUCUGGUCUUCCUUUACUGAAACAUCUUGACUUGAGUUCAAUGGAUCUUAGCAGAGCUUCCAAUUGGUUGCAACUUGUAAACACACUACUCCCUUCUCUGGAGGAAUUGCAUUUGUCACUGUGUCAACUUGUACCAGGACCUCCAUUGCUAAAUUUAAAUUUGUCAUCUCUUGCCAUCCUUGACCUUUCCUACAACGAUUUCUCAAAUCAAAUGGAUCUUAGGUGGGUGUCUAAGCUUAACUCUCUAUACAAUUUUAGCACCCUCCAGGUUCUCAGACUUUAUGGUAAUGAAUUGCAAGGUGACAUUUCUAGUGCCAUUUUCAACAUUAGAACUCUCAGUGAACUUGACCUGUCAUGGAAUGAUCCUGAAGAGAAGCUUCCGAGAGCCGCGGGAAAGCUUUGUAAGUUGAGGUCAAUCGAUUUGUCAGGAAUUAGAUUGAAUCGAGACAUAUCUCAUAUCUUUGAGAUUCUGUCAGUCUGCUCUUCUCUUAGAUUGGAGUCAUUGGCCUUUUCAAGUUGUCAACUUUCUGGUCAACUGACUGAUCAACUUGAGCAUUUUAAAAAUUUAAAAGAACUUUUUUUGGACAGUAAUUCAAUCUCUGGUCCUAUUCCAACUUCUUUGGGGCAACUUGCAAAUUUGGAAUGGUUAGGAUCAUGGCAAAUAGGGCCAUCUUUUCCCUUGUGGCUUCGUUCUCAAAAACAUCUAGAAUAUCUAGACAUCUCAAAUUCAAGAAUUUCAGACGUCAUUCCUAGGUGGUUUUGGGGACUGUCAACCCAAUUUAGAGAUGGAAACCUCUCUAGAAACCAAAUUUCUGGCCAGAUUCAGUAUCUACCUCAGAGUCAAGUUUACUUCUUCGUUGACCUUAGUUUCAAUAAUUUUAGCGGUCCGUUACCCCGAAUCUCUGUGGGUCCCAACAUGGGUCCUUUUUUUGCAGGCUUUGUAAAGCUUUCCAAUAAUUAUUUCUCGGGAUCUCUUUUCCACUUUCUGUGCUAUCAGGGGAAUGACACAUUGCCGAUGGUGGCUCUUAGUCUUGCUAACAAUCUUUUAUCUGGAGAGAUACCAGAUUGUUGGAUCAAGUGGCAAUAUUUGCGAGUCUUACGAUUAGAUGGGAACAGAGUCAGUGGUAAAAUUCCAAUAUCUAUUGGGACUUUGACAAAACUUCAGUCGCUACAUCUUCACAACAACAGGCUUCAUGGAGAAAUCCCUUUGUAA